UACGUAAUAGUGCGCCCCUCCCCCCUCACACGUCCGCUGUUGUGGGGAACAUCAGGGAGUAUUUAAAGCAGGAAAGCACCGCUGGCAUUAACCUUGCAUGUUCAACAAUAUGAAGUCGCUGCUGCUGCUGUUGCUGGCCACCGUCGCCACCCAGGCCAAGGAGGACCGGUCGUACGUGUACGAGGUUCGUGUCUGGACCCAGCCAAACUACCAGGGAAUGUACCACGACUUCAAUGAGAAAGUUCCAUACCUGAGCAGCUACAACCUUGACAACGCCAUUUCCAGCAUCAAAGUGAAGGGAGUGUGGCUCUUCUAUGCUGAUCCGGAGUACAACACCUACGUAACGUCGUUAGUCCACUGGGCCUGGGGUCUUAAUUAUAAAGAGAAUCUCCACGCCAUAGAUGACCAAAUAUCGUCUUUGAGGUACGCCGGCAGCCAAUCGAAUUGUAACGAGGCCGGGUAUAACCUCUACGAGGGAGAAAUGUUCACGAAGAAGGAUCUGUACCAGACCAACGACAUUCCGGACCUGUCGCAAUUCCAUCAAGAUGUUAAGUCUGUCAUUAUUAUUGGACAAAGCUCUUGGACAUUCUGCGAACAAGCUAACUACAAUGGGAGGUGUGUUUGUCUGAGCGCUGAACUGCACGACUCGGAUUACUUGAGCAGACUGGAUGUAGGAUUUUAUCAACGUAUAUCGGAUCUUUACUUAUACAACGUGAAGUCGGUAAGGAAGGGGUGUUACUAAAGCUGGGCACGCCACCGCAUCCCGUCUACAGGAACAAGACAGCAGCGUGCACAAGACUCUCUCGUCCCUUCCUCACCAACAAAGAAAGAAACCCAUCAUGUUAGAGGUAUUUAAUAUCUAAGUAAUUCUUACAAUCAUCAAGAAGAAAGAAACAUCGUCAAGGUAGAGAAAGAUAGUAAUUACACAAUUCUUACAACGUUAUAAAAUAUCCUGUCCUCUGUUAACCUUUCCAGUCACACUAAUCAUUAUCAAGGCUGAAGAUGUCAUAUUUCCACAUGAUCUUCCAGAGAGGAUGAAUAUUUUCAUUGAUUCCUGCAAACUCGACCGUCUUUAUCAAAACAGUGUGAAACAAUCGGAUGACACACUUCUUAAAUAAAAAUAAUAAUUUUGA